UGCGACACUGUCGCUUAUCGACAUGCUUCUUGUACAUGCAGGAUCCAUGUCGAACAACAAUUUGCCGAUUCCCUCUGUAUCGCCCUGUUGAGGGGAGCUGAGCACUGGGCCGGACCAUUUAUUGCAGGCAGCUGAGUGGACGAAUGGGAUAGCCCACAAUCUCCAAAAUCAAUGUCCCUGCAUCGCCGCACAGCCGCGACUACGACUACUGCAAUCUCGAACUCGACCUCUUCGCAGAUUUGAAUAGCCACGCUCCGGAUUCUCCGCUGACAAUCUUGAUGCCUUCCACUGCCUUCCGCGGUUGAUGUUAAUGCAUCGCCGUGAGGAAUUUGCUUCUUUCCUCGGCCACACUUGGUCUCGAUGGAAGGGAGCUUCGCUCCGUAUUUCCCUCCGCAGAAAUGGACAAGGAGAAAGAUAGGCCAGAUGCCGGGCUGAGGUCGCUCAAUCACUACAAGCUCAGACUGCCACGAUGGCGCUACCUUUUCCGAGAACAACUCCUCCCGGUCGUACGCUGGGAGACUCCCUACGUCGCCUGGCUACAAGAUACCCUACGAACUGCGGCCUUUGAUACAUAUUUCGCGACGUCGGCAAACCUGGGCACGCACACUUUCUUCAUGGUCAUGCUGCCUAUUCUCUUCUGGUGUGGGAAUACAGGUCUGGGAAGAGGGAUGGUCCAUAUCCUGGCUUCUGGAGUCUUCUUUAGCGGGUUCUUGAAAGAUCUGCUCUGCCUGCCGCGACCGCUCUCUCCGCCGCUGACACGAAUCACCAUGUCUGGGUCAGCCGCCCUCGAGUAUGGCUUCCCUUCCACACACUCGACUAAUGCAGUCUCGGUGGCUGUCUAUUCACUCUAUCUUCUCCGGCAAGAAACCAACAGCCUGGACCCGAACGUCAAUCUCGGGUUGCAGAUGCUAGCUUACUUCUACGCCCUUUCUAUUGUGCUGGGUCGGUUGUACUGUGGGAUGCAUGGUUUCUUCGACGUCAUUUGGGGAAGCAUUCUAGGCGCACUCAUCGCUCUUGUUCAAUGCUUCUAUGGAGAGGCGUUUGAUGAGUGGCUCCAUGGGGGCGAUCUGAAACGGGUUGUGCUUGUUGUUCUGGUCAUCUUAGUCCUAGUUCGCAUCCAUCCCGAGCCGGCAGAUGACUGUCCUUGCUUUGAUGACAGCGUUUCCUUUGCUGGGGUCUUCAUUGGCUGCGAAUACGCCGUUUGGCACUUUGCCCGCAGCUCCUAUGCCUGGUCAACUCCCGCAAAAGGCACUAUCCCGUUCGACCUUGAAAAGAUGGGCUGGAUUACCACAUUGGCACGCAUUCUACUCGGAGUACUUGUUAUUUUUGCAUGGAGGGGCAUCAUGAAGCCGACCCUGCUGAAAAUACUUCCACCGAUCUUCCGUGUCAUUGAACAGCUUGGUCUCACUUUACCACGACGAUUCUUUAAACCAGCAUCAGAGUACGAAACCAUUCCACGUCAACCGAACGACGACAAUAUCAUCCCACCGGCGCGGGACAUUCCUCACCUGUUGUCAUCAUUUCGACGCAGAAGAGCCAUCUCGGUUGGGCCUCAGUCCGAAGCAGACGCGUACGAAACGCUGGCUUACCGUGACAAGAGGAGAAGGGACAGUAAAAACGCUCUCGAGGCACUGACUCCGGCAAUGGAAGGCUCACCCUCAUCCUCACCUUCUCCUGAUCACGGGUACUUCCAACCCGAGGAUCCGGUUUCGGGCAGAAAAAGAUCUAGCAGCCUGGAGAUGUUCCGAGCGCAGAUGGGUACAGGAAUGGAAACGCUAUCACCAGUUCCUGCGAUCCCACCCGCUGAUGACAAAGUGCGCACCCCCGAGGAAGCUCAGGCAAUGGAUGAAUUACAGGAACGACAGAUCUUCUUGAGCAUACAGAAACCUCGAGUCAGAUACGAUGUGGAAGUGGUAACCAAGCUUAUUGUGUAUUCGGGAAUCGCUUGGCUGGCUGUGGAGGGCAUUCCGGUUCUAUUCAGGUAUCUCGGAUUGAGCGUACAUUGACCCAGGGGAGGACAAAGUCCAGUAGGAGUGCUGUUAUGGAUUCGGCGUCCAGCACAAGGCAACCAUACAUUGAUUGCGAGACCAUACAGUGCAAUGAUACCAGUGGCAAUAGUUGUGUUUGGGUGUUUAUUUGUUUACGUCCAGCACGAACCAUCUGUUCCAACAG